AUGGCAUCAGCAAAGGGCAUGAAUAAGGAAGAACAAAAGCGCCUGAGUGCGCUAUUUCACACCUACGAUGUGGAUAAUUCAGGCCGGAUUGAAAAACAUGAAUUCACUACUAUUUGCCAGGAGCUCAAUGUCCCGGCCCAAGAAGCAGAGGGAAUAUUCAACCGCCUGGAUAUUGACAAAGACGGCACUGUGACCUUAGAGGAGUUUAUCAGCGGCUUCCAAGAACGACACGAGGAGGAAGAAGAUGACACUGAGGCAAAGGACAAACAGUCCUCAAAAAACAAGGAGCAGGUCAUAUCCAGCCAGCCACCUCCCUCAACCAGGACUAUGAGCACAGAGGAGCGGAACCGGCUGCGCGCCCUCUUUCAGGCCUACGACACGGACAACUCCGGGCGGAUCGAGAGGGAAGAGUUUCUCACCAUCUGUGCAGAGCUGCAGGUGCCCGCAGCAGAGGGUAACCGUAUAUUUGACCGGCUGGACAUCGACAACGAUGGAACUGUCACCCUGCAUGAGUUCAUCAGCGGCUUCCAUGAUCGCUACGGAGAGGACAAGCAGUCCUCGACUGAAGGAUUUUCAAAAAACGAGGAGCAGGUUAUAACUGGGUUUUUUUUGUUUUUUGUUCUUCUUAGCCGGUCUCAUCCGUCAAUCAGGGGCAUGAGCGCAGAGGAGCAGGACCGGCUGCGCACCCUCUUUAAGACCUACGACGUGGACAACUCCGGGCGGAUCGAGAGGAACGAGUUCCUCACCAUCUGUGCGGAGCUGCAGGUGCCCGCGGCCGAGGCGGACCGUAUAUUUGACCGGCUGGACGUCGACAAAGACGGAACCGUCACUCUGCUGGAGUUCAUCAGCGGCUUCCACGACCGCUACGGAGAGGACAUGGAGUUGGAAGGAGGAGACGUGUCCGCCGCCUGGGAGGACUUCGAGGGGAGAAUGGGCGACCAGUCCAAGUUCAUCCCCAGGCAUGAACAAGCAGCAACGUUGUACCAGAACAUCAGCUUGACUGAGCCCAGACUGAUUCCUCAGUUUGAAAAAGUCGUCAUGAACUUCACCAAAGAGAUCAAACAGCAAAACUCAGAGAUGGAGAACCUGGCCCUCGCCAUCAAACGAGCGCAGGACCAGGCAUCAAUGCAGCUCAGUGAGAUGGAGGAAGAGAUGGACCAACGCAUUCACAAUGCAGAGAGAAAAACACGGGAGCAGGAGAAGAAGCGAACAGAGGAUGCACUUAGCGAGUUACGAAGAAGUUAUGAAAUUGAAGUGUGUGAGCUUCAGUGUAAGAUCCAGAAGAUGCAGAUGAUAGAAGAGAGGUACAAGACGAUCACUGUGAAAGACGAGAGCCCGGCGUUGAAGAAGAAGAUCAAUGAGCUAACGCUGGACAACCAGCGGUUAAAACAGGAGCUGUUGAGAUCUCAGACCAAAGUUGCCUGUCUACAUAGUGAGAUGGACUUGCUGAAGACGGAGAUAACCGAUCAAAGCAUCAACUCUGAACGAGACGAGGAGCUCGUGAAACAUUUCACUGAUGAGAGAGACAUCCUGGAGAGUCAGAUCGACAUUCUGCAGACAGCCAACAGGAAGCUCCAUGACACCAACGAUGGCCUGAGGGCCACUCUGGAGAGGAUCACAAGAUCUGGCACCAGUGAAUCACCAGCAGAUAUGAAGAACAGAGGCAGAAGUAAAAGCAUCUGCCACGGAUCGCCAUACACCUUCAUGAACAGGUUCUGCCAGGGUAUGGACGAUUUACCUCUGUUCACCAAACGGCCCAGCGGUGACACCAUGGCCCUGGCCAUGUGUGACCCAGGCCUGAGGCGCAGACUCAGCAGUGAGUGUGAGGAGGACAGCCUGCCUGAGAUCUACAUGGACAGCGGCCUGUCCACACUCAGGGGGUCCCAUGGAGGCUACGACUCCGAGCAGGAGGUCAAAGGGCUCUCGUUUCUAGCUUUCAACAACUUGCUCAUGUCCACGGCGACUCUAAAGCCAGCGGAGACACAGGAUGGUGAGUCGGCGUUUGGGUCGGACAGCAGCUCAGUUUUGGACUGGAAGCCGUCUGAAUCCAUUAGUGUCACCACAACACCAACCCCGACAAAACGAAAACCCCUCAGUGCCAGCACUAUGAAGAAGGAGCGCAAGAAGAGCAUUGACCUGGGCUACAUGACAUCAGAGAAGGCCUUCAGGAUCGUGUUGGCUGGAGAUGCUGCGGUGGGAAAGUCCAGCUUCCUGUUGCGCUUCUGCAAGAACGAAUUCAAACUCAACUCCAGCGCUACUCUGGGAGUGGAUUUCCAGAUGAAGACAGUAAUCGUAGAUGGAGAGCCUGUUUUACUACAACUAUGGGACACUGCAGGACAGGAAAGGUUUCGCAGUAUUGCAAAGUCUUAUUUCCGCCGGGCGGACGGAGUGUUGCUGCUUUACGAUGUCACCUGUGAAAAGAGCUUCCUUAAUGUUAGAGAGUGGGUGGACAUGAUUGAGGAUUUAUCGCACGAGGAUAUUCCCAUCAUGCUCGUGGGUAAUAAGUGUGAUCUUAGACAAGAUGGAGUCAACUGCGUUCCUACCAGCUAUGGAGAAAAACUGGCCAUGACAUACAACACUCUGUUCUGUGAAACUAGCGCCAAAGAUGGAGACAACAUCCUUGAGGCUGUGCUGCACCUGGCCAGGCAAGUAAGAGAGCAGGAUACCUUUGAUGAAAAGAAUCGUUAUCAGUCGCUGCCCAGCUUGGAUGCUCCCAGGAGGAAACCAAACUUCUUCUGCUGCACCUGAUCAAAACUCAUCAGCUCUGGGCCUGAACAUCUGACUUAAUGUGAACUCAGUAUAGGUGGAACAAGGAGGAAAAACUACUGCAAUUGGAACAAAUCAUCAUUGUGAAACCACAACAAUUUAACGUAUGACCUAAGUGAGCAAACAAGUGAUCUGGGAUCACAAAUAUCCACAACUUCACAUUACUUUAAAUUUUCAUUGUUAUUCAGGGUUAUUUAAACAUAAUGUACUGAGCUGCAUUUCAGCCACAGCUGGAUGAUUUACUGUUCUGUAUUUUAUGAAUUUGAGAAUGUUUAAGUCAGUGUAAACUUUCUUGCCAUGUGACAGUCAUGUUAAUUUUUUUUUAUUAUGCUAUCACACAUAUUUGUAUAAGUUCCUUCCACAUAUGUGAUAUGAAUUGUACAGUUAGCCCAGACUGGCAUGGUCAUGAAAAGAGAAAAACAGCUGUGAAUUAAAAUGUGUGAGAGGGAUCUGAAAGUGAAGCUGAACAUAUGAGCAUAUUUUUGAAGUGACAGUAUGUGAUGCUGACAAAUAACUGCAUGUGAUAGAGCUUAUGGUUAUAGUGACAAACGAGAAAUAAGAAUAGAUUCUUAUCUGGUUAUGCUGUUAUCUGUGGCACUUAUCUAAAUACUUCUGAGCUCAGUUAUCAUCAGUGUAAGUGAAGAUGGUUUGAAGUGACAUCUGCAACAUGUUGGUAGGCUGGGAGGAAACUGAAGUUGAAACCUCAGACUUUAUUGCAAGUGAACUGCAUCGGAUGCCGACAUGGAGACACUGAGAAUUAUGGAAAAAGUUGAAGCAAGAAAUGCUCAGCCUUGUCUUUUUUCCUAUAUGAUGAAACCUGGUGCAGUGUUUGAUUGUAUGAGACUUUAUGCUAAUGUAACAACCCAUCAUCUUUAUUAUAUUACCCACAGUGUUACAAUUCUUCCCACGGUGGAUGACUUUGUGUUAUAGAUUUUAUUUUUUUGAACCUGAUAUAGCAGAUCAUUUUCAAUUUGCACAAAUGCUUUAAAUAAUGGCUGUCACUGUAUCAUCUGGUAUGAGUUAUGAAAAUUAGGUAAGCAUAAAAGAGAGAGAUGGCAGGAAGCAGAGCCCUUAUGUUUAUCCCUCUGUUACAGUACACGUAUGCAUUUCUGUUUAAAUGUGUACAUGUCAGCUUGCCAAAUUAUCACUACUGAUGUUAUAGAGUCUGUCUUAUUGUUAUUUCUUUAUAAUAAUGCCAUAUUACCCAUAUUAUCAAGCUGCCCAGGGGAAGUGUAUAAAGUCAGUAUGCUUCAGAUGAAAUGCUUGUUGGAGUUUCAAACAGCAUUUGAAAUGCCUCCCCACAGACCUUAAAUUGGAAUUGGUGGGCUGUCUGACAGUUUUUCUUCUCCAACUUACUUUAUUGAAUUUCCAAACAAAUAAUAUAUUAAAUAACAAAUUUAAUAUCAGUCUCAUCAGUUUAGAUUUUGAAUUGAUGCAGAGAU